AUGCCUGGCAAAGUACUAUCUCCUUACAAGCAGGUGCCGGAGACGAAGGCAGACCUCGACUGGGCCGAACUAGUCACGCUCGACCUGAGCGACUAUGAGAACCCCGGAGGCAAGGAAAGGCUGGCCGAGCAGCUGAAGUACGCCGCGCAGCACGUCGGCUUCUUCUACGUAAAGAACUUUGGCAUCAGCCAGGAGGAAGUGGAUCGACAGUUUGCACUCGGCCGGGAAUUCUACGAGCUUCCACUUGAAGAGAAGCUGAAGUAUCACAAUCUGGAGGACUUGAGGCAGGGCGAGUAUAAUGGCUAUCGUCCGGCUGGGCUUCGAGAACUCGGCAACGGUAUCGUUGACGCUACUCAAGUUUACAAUAUUCCUAAGUGGGAUGGCUACCACCACCGUGAACAGCCCUCGGUGCUCCAGGAUCACAUCGGCGAGAUCGAGGCCUUCAGCCGCAAGUGCCACGAACAGGUCGUUGUCAAAUUGCUUCGAAUCUUUGCUGUCAUCCUUGAGCUGCCCGACGAGGAUCAGCUGGUUAGAGAUCAUCAGUACAACGUGAUUGGCGAGGACCACCUCCGCUACAUGCACUACAAGGCUCGCACACCUGAGGAGAAUCGCCUCGUCGGCGACCUAUAUUCACCGGGCCACACAGACCUUGGAAGCGUCACGUUGUUGUUUCGUCAACCUGUUGCUGCGUUGCAGAUCCUGAAUUCCAAGAACGAGUGGAAGUGGGUGCGGCCGCAGGACGAGACGAUCACGAUCAACAUCUGCGAUGCGCUAUCGGCUUUGACUGCCGGCUACUUCAAAUCGUCGGUGCACCGAGUUCACGCUCCUCCAGAUGACCAGGCGCAUAUCGAUCGAUUGGGCGUCUUGUAUUUCGCCAGACCAAACAACCAUGUCGUGCUCGAUCCGUUGAAGAACAGCCCGCUCUUGCAACGUGAGGGUCUAACGGAGAACGAGUUCACCAAGCUCGGACAGCAUCUUCGCAUGGAUGAAUGGGUAAAAGUGCGACAGACGCAGCAGCAGCGCCGCACGAAUGCGCCGAAGAUUCAAGGCUCGAAGUAUGAGUACAAGGAGAAGGACUUGGAGAUUAUUCCGGGGUUGCAGGCCAAGAUCUACAAUUAG